AUGUGUAUAGCUUUGUUUCUUUGGCAAGCACAUCCACUCUACCCAUUUUUUCUUUUGAGCAACAGAGAUGAGUACCAUAAUAGGCCUACAAAGGCAGUGUCAUGGUGGGAAGAUUGUGAUGAUAUUGUUGGAGGAAGAGACGAGAUAGCAAUGGGGACAUGGUUGGCUUGUUCAAGAGAAGGAAGAGUAGCUUUUCUUACCAAUGUUUUGGAACUCCAUACCCUCCCUGAAGCCAAAAGCAGAGGAGAGUUACCCCUCCUAUUUCUAAAGAGUGGAAAGCAUCCACAGGAAUUUGCAGAAAGCCUGAAAAGAGAGGCUCACUAUUACAAUGGGUUCAACUUGAUUGUGGCUGAUAUUAGCACCAAAUCAAUGAUGUACAUCUCAAAUAGGCCCAAAGGACAGCCCAUAACCAUUCAAGAGGUUCCUUCAGGCCUCCAUGUUCUCUCAAACGACAAAUUAGACUCACCAUGGCAUAAGGCUAAGCGACUUGAAUCGAAUUUCAAAAAAGAAAUAGCAAAAUAUGGUAAAGAAGAAAUACCUGCAAAGGAGGUAAUUGAAAAUGUGAUGAAGGACAGAGUGAAAGCAGAGAAAAGUGUACUACCUCACAUAUGCUCUCUUGAGUGGGAAUACAAUCUUAGCUCCAUCUUUGUUGAAGUAGAUACUCCACUGGGUUUAUAUGGUACUAGGAGUAGCGCUGCCUUAAGCAUCAGAUCAAGUGGGGAAGUGAGUUUUUAUGAGAUUUAUCUCGAUGACAACAAGUGGAAGGAGCAUGUUAUUGAUUUCUAUAUCCCUCAAAAGACCAUGUGUCCAAGGCAAUUCAUUAAAUCAUAG